AUGGAAGUAGAUAUGCGUAAAUUAAAGCAGCGCAGAGCGCAAACUAAAGGUACUCGCAUAUUGCAUUUUUUCGAGGCAGGAAAUGUCACGAUUGAUGAGGCGCAGGUCAGACUGCAAAAACUGGAAGAGUUUUACUACAGCUUUAAGGAAAUACAAAGUACAAUAGAUGACAGAGCAACCCCUACCGAGGAGGAAGGAGAGCAAACAAGGAUAGUUUCGAGACUACUAUUCAUCAAGAUGACAGCUGUACAGAAGCAUCAGUAUCUCAUCGGAGUGCUUCAAGGAGAAGCUCGCAGCGUGAUUGAAGGAUUCAGAAUUUCCAGCGAAAACUAUGAGAACGCUUGGAAACUAUUAAAGGACACAUAUGACAAUAAUAUGGUAAUUAUUGAAAAUCAUUUGGAUGAAUUAUUAAACUUUCCAGAGAUAACAAAAAACAAUAAAGCAGAUUCGAUACGAAAGUUUAUAUGGCAUAUUCAAACACAUGUUUCUGCAUUGAAAACGCUUGCACUACCCGUAGAUGAAUGGGACGCGAUAUUACUGCAAUUAGCAAAAAAGAAGCUUGACUUUAUCGAGCAAAGAGAUUGGCAGAAUCUUAUUAAAAAUCGCACACCGCAAAAUAUAUCGAAAUUGUCGGAAUUCAUGACGUUCUUGACGGAGCGAUGUCACACGAUGAAGAUCCUUAAGCAAGGACAUUACAUCCGUGAAUGUAAAGGCUCAACAUGCAAAAGAUGUGACAAGAAACACAAUUCGAUAAUUCACAAAGAAGAUCAAGAAGAGCGAGGCAAUGCUCAAGUCAAGUCAUCCAGCGAGGAUACACCAAAAUCAGUCGUUACAACAUGUACAGAAUCGAACCAAUGUUUAUUGCACAAAUCAGCAAGAUGCCAGAGUGAUUCUUUCGACCGCGAGGGUUCGGGUAACAGGAGCAAGUCAAAAAAACAGGAAGAGCGGCACUGUCGAGCGUUACUCGACCCAGGAUCACAAUCCAAUUUAGUUACAGCCGAUUUAAUUCGAAAAUUGAAAUUAUCAUGUCGCAAUGAAGUACGUCCGAUUAAUGGAAUUAACAAGACUAUCACAAGAGUUGGUAAAGCAACUUGCAUUCAUAUCAAGUCAAUACAUAGCGAAUUUGAGACUACAGUAGACUGUCUAGUCGUACCAGAGAUUACAGAGCAGUUACAGCAAACUAAAAUAGAAGCAUCAACGAAAUACAUUCCAAAGGAUGUCAAACUAGCGGAUCCUACCUAUGACAAACCAGGAUCCAUUGAUAUGCUUCUAGGCGCAGGAGUAUAUUGGAAAAUUGUUAGCGGAGCACCGGAAAAUCAAAUCAAAGGGAAACCAGCGUUACAAGAUACGCAUUUAGGAGUAAUUAUCGGUGGAGAAUUAACCGAAAAGCACACAACUGCAUCAAGAUUUUGCAAUAUGGUUACUAAUACUCAACUACAGGAUCAAUUACAACGGUUUUGGAGAUUAGAAGAGAUGCCGGAAAGUCGUUCCUAUACAAAAGAGGAAAUACACUGUGAGAAGUUCUUCAUACUGUUACGCAACAAAAAGACAGUCGAUUCAUUGUUCGAUUGCCGACUCAUUCAAGUAGCGUCACUCGCUAAGGAUCCCACACUGAAGGAGGCUUACAAGGAAUUCCUGAAUGAAUAUCGACAACAGGGUCACAUGUCUUUGGUAGAAAAUCCGGAUGUUCUGUUAGCACAGGAACAUUACAUUAUUCCACAUCAACCUGUUGUUCGCCCCGACAGUAUGACGACAAAAUUACGAGUCGUCUUUGAAGCGUCUUCAAAGACCACAAAUGGUAAUUCAUUAAACGAUAAAUUGAUGCCCGGUCCGAACUUACAAGCGGAUUUGCAGCAGUUUUUAAUGCGAUUUAGAACGCAUGAAUUUGUUCUAACAGCGGACGUUACAUCAAUGUUUCGUCAGAUUUUAGUAGACCCUAGAGAUCGAAAGCUACAGCUUAUAUUAUGGCGCGAUGAAGCAACACAAUCAUUGCAGUUAUAUCAGCUUAAUACCAUGACAUAUGGAACAGUUUGCGCACCAUAUUUGGCCAUGCGAUGUCUCAAGGAAUUAGCCGAAAUACACAAACAGGAAUUACCUUUAGCAGCUAAAGUUGUAGAACAGGACUUCUACAUGAAUAAUGUCCUAACUGGAGGAUCUACCCUUGAAUAUGUGUUAGAUUUGCAAAAACAACUAAUCGAAAUGUUGGAUCGUGGAAAGUUUCCUUUACGUAAAUGGAGGGCAAGUAGUCUGAGUCUGUUGGAACAUUUAUCAGAGCACAGUAGAGCAAAUAACCUACUUGUGAUAGACGAAGAUCAGCCACUCAAAACAUUAGGACUCUUAUGGAAUGCGAAUCAGACACGCUUCAAUACCGAGUCACAUUGGAGGAGACUGCAUCAAACACUAAGCGGAAUGUAUUAUCCAAGAUAUCACAAAAAUGUCAAUAUUAAUAACAAGUCUACAACCUUCGACAUAUAUGAAUUUGGUGAUGCCUCAGAAACCGCAUACGGGGCAUGCUUGUAUGCAGUUAGUACAGACGAGCAAGGUAUUAGUCACUCGGAAUUGAUCUGUGCAAGAGCUAAGGUAGCACCCUUAAAGACUAUAUCCUUACCAAGACUGGAGUUAGAAGCAGCGCUUUUGUUAUCACAAUUAUAUAACAUAGUAAAAAGAGCAUGUGCAGAUAGAAUCAAUAAAGUUAUCUUAUGUAGCGAUAGUACCGUGACGCUUGGAUGGAUUAAGACACUACCGCAUACUCUCAAGACAUUCGUAGCGAACAGAAUAUCUAAGAUAUUCUGUUCGUUACAUGUUGCAUCGGAAGACAACCCAGCCGACCUAUUAUCGCGAGGAGUAACGAUGCAGCGUUUGAUUCAAGAUCAAUUGUUCGCAGAGAAUUGUCGAUCCAACAGGAAAACGACACCAUUCAGUCUGACAGAAAUGGAAAGAGCAGAGAAAGUUAUUAUCCGAUGGGUUCAGCAGGAAUCAUUUCCCAUGGAGAUUCACUGUUUACAAGAGAAUCGAUUACUCCCACGGAAGAGUCCACUAUGUGCUUUGGCGGCCUAUCUCGACAACGAAGGAUUGAUUCGUGUGGGGGGCAGAUUGCGACAUGCAGAAAUCCAGUCAGAUCAGAAAAACCCCAUCGUGUUACUCACUAGACAUGAUGUAACUAGCAUCCUUUUACGUGACAGACAUAAACGGUUGCUUCAUUGCCCACCGGAGCAAUUAUUAUUUGAUAUACGACUACGAUUCUGGCCCAUCAGUGGAAGACGAGAAGUCCGCAAAGUUGUUAAAAGGUGUGUCAAGUGCUAUCGGUUUAAUCCAACUACAACAGAGGUCAAGAUGGGAGAUCUUCCCGUUGAGAGAGUUCGCAGUUACGAUCGACCCUUUACGGUAACCGGUAUAGAUUAUGCAGGUCCUAUUCAGGUUCGAGAAAGCCGACGCCGAGAAAGAAUUCAUGUUAGUAAGGGAUAUAUCGCAAUAUUUGUUUGUACCAGUACAAAAGCCGUACAUCUGGAAAUGGUGACCAAUCUUUCUACAGAAGCAUUUAUGGCUUCCUUACGGCGAUUCACUUCUCGAAGAGAUUUAUGCUCUCAGAUUUUGUCGGACAACGGCACUAAUUUUGUUGGAGCAACUAGACAUCUCAAUGAAUUAUAUGAGUUCUUAGCUGAAAAACAAGAUGCUAUUAAGUCAGAAUUAGCGGAACAACGAAUAGAGUGGUAUUUUAUCCCACCUCGAGCGCCUAAUUUUGGUGGAUUAUGGGAGGCUAUGGUGAAGAGCACCAAAAGACAUUUAUAUACUGUAACUGAAGGCUGCAUUUUGACUUACGAAGAGUACAGCACUCUUUUAUCUCAAAUAGAAGCUGUGCUUAAUUCGCGACCACUUCACCACUUUCGAAUGGCAAACGGUUCAAAAAUUAAGCCAAUUAUUUUGGAACCGUUGGCAGAUAUAGAAUACCUCCAAGAGCUGCAAAAGCGAACCAAAUGGACGGCUUCUAGAGACAACAUGAAGAAGGAUGACCUUGUCAUUAUACAAGAAGACCACGUCCCCCUUUUCAAUGGCGGAGAGGACGAGUACUGCAAGUACAUCCAGAUUCUGACGGAGAAGUGA